AGGAUUUGUCGGCUGGCAAAGCGAGCGGACCCGUGGAAAGUCCAGCAUCCUUCCUUUGCAUGAAGUGCUCCAGAACCUUCACGCUGCACCUGCGAGAUCUGCUGCACGCGCACGGGUCAUGCUGUGCUCCUGACGGAAGAUUUAUUUCUUUUCCUUUACGACUAGAAAUAAUCAAAUAAAUAGAAAUAAGUCAAGCAAACGUUUCGAGCUGCAAAAGUUGCUCCACAGUCCCCAGGCGGCCCCGGGACUCCACACGCGCGCACACUCACACGGACACCAUUCGAGAGCGUUGUUGGCAUUUUCCUUUCUUAGCGCGGCUGCACCAUCGAGGCGAGACGGCGACCUCAGUCGAUUACCUUUCUUUGCUCUGCUAUCCCAUGGAUAUCCACUGCAAGGCGGACCCCUUCUCGGCCAUGCACCUAUCCCACGCAGGGCACGGCGGCGUGAACCAGCUCGGUGGGGUGUUUGUGAACGGCAGACCCCUCCCGGACGUGGUGCGGCAACGGAUCGUGGAGCUGGCCCACCAAGGGGUCCGGCCCUGUGACAUCUCCAGACAGCUACGGGUCAGUCACGGCUGUGUCAGCAAAAUUCUCGGCAGGUACUAUGAAACCGGCAGUAUUAAACCGGGGGUCAUCGGUGGCUCCAAACCAAAGGUUGCCACCCCGAAAGUGGUCGAUAAGAUUGCAGAGUACAAGCGCCAGAACCCGACCAUGUUCGCCUGGGAGAUCCGGGACCGACUGCUGGCGGAGGGCGUGUGCGACAACGACACGGUGCCCAGCGUUUCUUCCAUCAACAGGAUUAUCCGCACCAAAGUCCAGCAGCAGUUCCACCCGUCCCCCGACGGAUCCGUCACGCCACUCUCCACGCCGGGACACACCAUCGGUGAGUUUUCCUAUGAGUUUUUUGCAAGAUGGAACACAAAGUUAAUAACCCAACUUUGCUCGUCAGUACCCAGCACGGCAUCCCCGCCUGUGACCAGCGCCUCCAAUGACCCCGUGGGAUCCUACUCCAUCAACGGCAUCCUGGGCAUCCCCCGCUCCAACGGCGAGAAGAGGAAACGAGACGAUGUUCUCUGGAGUGGCAACCACUUGGAUGGGAGGAAAAUAGGACAUUGCGGCUCGGAUGGUUCAGGACCAGGCAGCGAUUCUCAGGGCAGCGUGGAGAGUUUAAGGAAGCACCUGCGAGCGGACGCCUUCACCCAGCAGCAGCUGGAAGCCCUGGACCGCGUGUUUGAGCGCCCAUCCUACCCAGAUGUCUUCCCCACGUCCGAACACAUCAAACCCGAACAGGCCAACGAGUACUCCCUCCCAUCCCUGAACACCGGCCUGGAAGACGUGAAGCCGAGCCUCUCCAGCAGCGGCAGUUCCGAGCUGGCCUCAAGCGUUUCCCAGAGCUACUCGGUUGUGACAGGUCGAGAUAUGGCGAGCACCACCUUGCCGGGCUACCCGCCUCAUGUACCCCCAACGGGACAAGGCAGCUACCCCACCUCAACACUGGCUGGAAUGGUUCCAGGUGGCGACUUUUCCGGAAACCCUUAUUCUCAUCCACAAUACACCACUUAUAACGAAGCCUGGCGGUUCAGCAAUCCAGCAUUACUAAGUUCCCCUUAUUAUUAUAGUGCCGCAUCCCGUGGCUCCGCACCUUCCGCUGCUGCCGCUGCCUACGACCGCCACUAGUUACCACGGAGACCAGCUCAAACUGCACGGCCAGGGCUUCGGCCUCCACAUUGUCCCCGUCUGAGAAAACACAAAGGGAAUUGCGAGGAGGGAUUCCACGAGAAAAGCCACCGGGUCAACAGCUUGGUUUUAGACGAAGGCUGGCAAUGCACCGAGCGCCGCUUCACACUUUGGGCCAUAGGAGUCAUGGGCAGCCCCCCCGUCCCCAUUACAACCAUCACGCCUGAACAUUUCCAAAAUGACUUUGCAGAGAUUAUAUAAAUAUAUAUAUUAUGAAAUAUAAAUUGAAAAAAUGUGAAGAUUUCAUGCAGGAAAACAUGGGCUUCUAUUUUUGCCUCUUUGUUGCUGUUGUUGGGUGUUGUUCUUUUACUCAUGCAUCCUUGCAUUCCGUAAUCUUCUGGUAUGACAAUAAACAGGAAAGGUGAGAAUGGAUGAAAUGGCGGUAAGGGGCCCUUUCAGAUGAAAUAACGUCCUGGCUCAGUGUGGUCGGUACGCCCUUAAAGCCUGAAUUAUUUUCCAGCGCCACACUGCCGCUGUAAGAGACGUGCACCUCCAAAAAAGUCCAACUUCUCACUUCUCCCAGCAGUGUGGACCGCAGGCUGUGAUAGGUCAGCUUUUUUUCUUACACCAUUUACGGUUCUUCCGGAAGUUGGCAACUAUGAACUCCCAUCUAAUACCUGUCUUUGAAAACACCCGAAGCUAAAUAGCUAGUCCAGGAGAACAGAGUUGUGGUUACUCACUCUUAGGAAAACACUGCCCCCAACGUAUUGGUGGAGAAUUGCACGUCAGGACUUUGUAGCACUGUAACAUAAUUCAGCCUCGACUUUGGUGCUUCUGCUUCGCCAUCAAUAGCAACUCCUAUCUCGUGAGCCCCGCCUACAAAUAAAUGGCAACAGGUGGCAAACAAUCAGAUGUAAAAAUAUAUACAUAUAUAUGUUAAUUGUUUUAAAAAAAAUUAUCAUGGCGACCUUAUACUUAAAAUUGCUUUACUGGAAUUUUAAUUGUUAAGUUAUUUUUUCGCCUCUGUCAUAAAUUUUAAUGUAUAAAAAUGCAUAAAAUUUUGAAAGUAGUUGUCACACUUACAAAUAUUUCUUUUUUUGUUUGCACUAUAUCUGCUUAUUGGACUUAUUCUUCAAAUUAUUGCGUAAGAAAAACAACGGAGGCGGGCCGAGCUGGCGUGCGUAGACAUCGGUAGAAGCAACAGACUUUGUAAGCCAUAGCUCCUUGGCUACAUGAAGACUCCUAUUCAGCUACUUAGUCAUACCACUAGAUGCCUACAGUUGCGCAUACCAACUGUAAAUAAGCUUCAACGUAUGCCUUAUAAACACCAUGACAUUGAUUUGCCUUUACCAAGUCAUAAACACCACAUCGAACUCUCCCCUGUGGACUGAAAGAAAAUCCUGUCUUGUUUCUUUUGCGAAUAUUUUGUGAAUGUACUUUGAACUACAUUUGCCAAAGACUUAGUUUGAUAUUUAAUAUUUUAUUUACAGUGUACGUGUGCAUCAAUGAAGCAGUAUUAUCUUCCAAAACAAGUAGUCAACACUGAUGCGAUGCAUACAAAACGGUGGACAAACACGUUACUUUGUAAAAGGAUUAUGUGAAUAUUGUGAAGACAAUUCUUCUUUGUAAAUAUUGUCAUACACUACUGAACCGGCUUCCCUUUGUAGAUAAACGGGGUGAUGCAUUUACGUGUGUGUCUUUAUUGUCACGUUGUGCUGUUAGAGGAAGGCGCGACCGCUGUGUAACCCGAGGCGGCGUACACGCCCUUUUGUAGCAGGCUAACAUCGCAAAACUGUAAGUUGUCCUUGUCAUUUUCUCCUCAUGAUAAUGCCAUGAUGAUGUUUUUUUAUGUCACUAUGCAACAAAGUUAAAUGGCUUUCUGUAUCAUCUUUUGUCGCUGGGCUUGGACUAAUGCUUCUGCAGGAGAGGGGAGGACGUUCAUUUCAUAAAGGGGUAGUCCUCGGCUACAAUCACUACUGUCCCAUCAGCCGUUCAUAGAUGUUGCGACUUACCAGCCCUAAUGUAUAGACACAUCAAUCUCAUCCCCUCCCUAUUAGUAUACGCCUUGACGUCAUCUGGCACAAUGACGAUGUCAGAGAAACAGGCCGUCCUCUACAAGUUGCACUUCUCUCCGCACGCCGCUCGACAUGUAAGAAAAGGAGGACAGAGAAAGUGAGAUGGACGGAGUCUUAGCUGUGCUAAGUGGAACGCCUCUGAAGGAAAUUUGAAAAGAUGAUCCAGGAGAUGUGUCAUGGACAUUAAAAAAAAAGAUUUCAGAGGAAAAAGUUUUUAUGGAACAAGCCCUGUGGCCUCAAUCAUUGCUUUGUUUCUGUUCUGUUCCAAUUCCU